UUCUCUUCUUAUUUCGUCGGCAAACCUUCAUCUUCUUCGUUUCACCCAUAUUUUCUUUCAUCUUCCUUCAUUUUUAUCUUUCCUUAGCAUUUCAACACUUCCAACCUAUCAAAUCUGUUUUCUGUUGUCUGUCAUCUACAAAAAAGCACACCUAACUUUUCUUUCAUUUCCUUCAGACUUUCAUAUUAAACAACACAGAUUUUCAGCCACUCCACAAACGAACAACCGAACAGCACCGUUACCAAACAAAUUAACGAUUUAAGAAACCAGCUGUUUAAUUAACUAAAUCAAAUAUAAAAACAAAUUAAUUUAAAAUAGAUAAUUACAAUACUAAUUAAAUUAAUAAAUAUAUAAGUAAAGGUUGAUUUUAGAAAAGGAAAAUCAUGACAGACAGUGAAAUUAUUGAAGACCGGGUUCUGAAUUUGGAACCAGUUGCCAAGACUGAAUUAUUGCCUGAAAGAGAAAUUAAAUUCUAUGUGGCUUUCACAGAAGCAGCUGAUCCGAAACUUGGUGGAAUUCACAAGGAAGAAUUUAUGGAUGUUGCCAAACAGAUAGGAUUCAGUAAAAUAACCAUUGAGUAUUUAUACCAAAAAUGCAAAAGGAAUGAAAACGGUGUCAUUACCUGGAAGGAGUUCAUAACUAGAGUACGGAAAGUACUUAGGCAACGGCAUUAUGGCAUUGAGGAUGUAAGGAACUCAUUCCAGAAAUGUGACAAAGACGGAGACGGAUACAUAACCAUCGAUGACCUUCUCAAAGCUACCAAAGAAAUCGAGCGGCAGUCUUUGGCAGAGGACCAGCUGCAGGCCUGGGUGGACUUUAUCGACAAAAACAAAGAUGGUAAAGUCGACUACUCAGAAUUCAUGGUCAACUUUGGUUUCUAAACCAUUCCAAUUGGCGCAUAACCAUAAACUAAAUCCAUAUCAUCUUACUAUACAUACAGACAUACACACAUAGCGUACUCUUCUGUGAUGGUAAAUCAACAAAAGAAGUACACCAUCUGGAGAGAGAUAAAUAUUAUUUAAUAACCAAUAUAUGUAUUGAUGUGCUACUAUCAGUUUCAUGUGCUGAGAGCAUGCCAAAGUGUUUUUUAAUGUGCCUGGUGUCCUAGCACAAUCAUCAGACACUGUGAGCAGUGUCUGAUGAUUGUGCUAAGACACCAGAUGUAUUAAAAGACACUGUUUGGCAUGCUCGCGGCACAGGAAACUAAUAGUAGCACUUAAAUACAUAUAGUGUUUAUCAAAUAAUAUAUGUAUAUAUAUUUAUAUAAGCAUUAUCAUCCACACAUACAUAAUGUACAUACUCUGCUUGUUUGCCAGUAGGCCACAAAGCAGAUACAUUAUGUAUGUGUGCUCAAUAAUGUUUACAACACUAACACUGCUUCUAAUUCAUAUUUGAACAUAUUUAUAGAUAUACUCACAUACAUAUAUGCAUAGGUACAAACAUAUAUAUACAUACAUACACACACAUAUGCCUACAUACAUACACAUAUUUAUUACACAACUCACACAUAUAGAUUAUGUGUAUACCGUUUUUUUAAGUAAAUAAAUAUUUCUGAAAUUUUA